AUCUGCAUAUUUCCGUUAGGGAACGCCUACACUCUGCAAUAAACUCAAUACUUUCGCACCUUCUAAACAAAGCGAUUUAUUAAAACGUUUGCAAAGGGUAAAUUCUACAAAACUUAGUCCACUCUGUUCAUAACAUAUUUUAGUUUUGGGAACAAAAGACUGUAUUGAGAACAAAUGUUUAAUCGAUGAGAACAUUUGCAGAAUAUCGGCCAAAAUCCAUUUCGAUCCAUCUUUGACGACGGUAUGUGUUACAUUAUAUAUGUCCCGGCGUACAGCCGAUCUAGUAGGUAAAUAUAUCCGGGUCGUUUGAAACGCCACGCUAACAUCGUAAACUAAUCGUAGGGAUUUUAAAUAAUUAUAUUUGGUAGUGUGUUAAAUUGACGUGGUGCAAAUAAUCACUGAUUCCCUCUUACAGAAUCGGAUUUUCUGUCCAACUAGCUAGUUAGCUAAUUUUUUGACGAUUUGCAACUAGCAUACUGAUGGCUAACAACGAAUGAGUUUGGGUCCUCCGCCAUGGAAAGCAUGCUGUUAUCUGUUCGCCUUAUCAAGAGAACAUGACACUCCCUGUGAUGGAAUCUUCGAACAUUAUGGCCCAUCUAGAGCAGGCGGAAUCUCACCUGGCUGAGAUAGAGCUACUCUCCAGUAUGUACCCCGGUGAAGACGAGCUGGUGAUUACUGACCAACUAGCUGUGGCUGAGCUCAGGGAGUAUGUGGAGGGAGCAACAGAUACCUAUCCUCUGUCCAGACCACACAUCCUCAUCAAACAGAAGCUGGACACUGACACUGUGAAGGGGGUGGACGUGACCAUAUCUUGCACCUACUCAUCCGACUACCCUAAUGUCUUACCUGAAAUAGCUGUACGGUGUCCUGACCUCAGCCGAUCCCAGCAGGCCCAGCUUCACUCAGACAUGAACGCCUACCUCUCAGAGAGCUGCCGUGGAGAUGUCUGCGUCCUCUCUGCCGUGGAGUGGGUGAAAGACAACGUACACCUGUACCUGACCGACAAGAGCACAUCAUCAUCAUCAACAGCAGCCCCUGGCAAGAAAGAGUCUCGGUCCACCUGCUCAUCUCCGCAGCCCAAAGAACAGUUCAGUCGCCUGUGGAUCUACAGCCACCACAUCUAUAAUAAGAGGAAGAGGAAGAACAUUCUGGAGUGGUCCAAGGAGCUGGAUCUGUCAGGGUUCAGUAUGCCUGGCAAGCCUGGCAUCAUCUGUGUGGAAGGCCCUCAGUCGGCCUGCGAAGACUUCUGGGCCAGGGUGAAGGUUCUAACCUGGAAGAAAAUCAUUAUUCGUCACAGAGAGGAUGUUGCCGUGGACAGUCGGAGGGCUGAGGCCAGCGUGGCAGACCACACGGAUUCCCUCCGUAGGUUCACAGGGUUCGAGGAGGCCGUGUUUGAUCCACACGGGAACAGAAGAAACCAUAUGAACCUGGGCCAGCUCUAUCAGUACCUCAACGAGAGAGGAUGUGGAGACGUCUUUCAGCUUUACUUUGGAAUUGAAGGAAGGUAGUAUAGCUGAUAGGAUAGGUCCCAUAACUGUUGGUUGUACCCAAAUGUACGCUGUAUCCACAUGAACCAAUGGCAGGAAUCAAAUACCCACAUGAACCAAUGGCAGGAAUCAUGUAACCAAAUGAACCAAUGGCAGGAAUCAAGUACCCACAUGAACCAAUGGCAGGAAUCAAGUACCCACAUGAACCAAUGGCAGGAAUCAAGUACCCACAUGAACCAAUGGCAGGAAUCAAAUACCCACAUGAACCAAUGGCAGGAAUCAAGUACCCACAUGAACCAAUGGCAGGAAUCAAGUACCCACAUGAACCAAUGGCAGGAAUCAAAUACCCACAUGAACCAAUGGCAGGAAUCAAAUACCCACAUGAACCAAUGGCAGGAAUCAAGUACCCACACGAACCAAUGGCAGGAAUCAAGUACCCACAUGAACCAAUGGCAGGAAUCAAAUACCCACAUGAACCAAUGGCAGGAAUCAAGUACCCACACGAACCAAUAGCAGGAAUCAAGUACCCACAGGAACCAAUGGCAGGAAUCAAAUACCCACAUGAACCAAUGGCAGGAAUCAAGUACCCACACGAACCAAUGGCAGGAAUCAAGUACCCACACGAACCAAUGGCAGGAAUCAAGUACCCACAUGAACCAAUGGCAGGAAUCAAGUACCCACAUGAACCAAUGGCAGGAAUCAAGUACCCACACGAACCAAUGGCAGGAAUCAAGUACCCACACGAACCAAUGGCAGGAAUCAAGUACCCACACGAACCAAUGGCAGGAAUCAAAUACCCACAUGAACCAAUGGCAGGAAUCAAAUACCCACAUGAACCAAUGGCAGGAAUCAAGUACCCACAUGAACCAAUGGCAGGAAUCAAGUAUCCACAUGAACCAAUGGCAGGAAUCAAAUACCCACAUGAACCAAUGGCAGGAAUCAUGUAACCGAAUGAACCAAUGGCAGGAAUCAAGUACCCACACGAACCAAUGGCAGGAAUCAAAUACCCACAUGAACCAAUGGCAGGAAUCAAGUACCCACAUGAACCAAUGGCAGGAAUCAAGUACCCACAUGAACCAAUGGCAGGAAUCAAAUACCCACAUGAACCAAUGGCAGGAAUCAAAUACCCACACGAACCAAUGGCAGGAAUCAAAUACCCACACGAACCAAUGGCAGGAAUCAAGUACCCACACGAACCAAUGGCAGGAAUCAAGUACCCACACGAACCAAUGGCAGGAAUCAAAUACCCACAUGAACCAAUGGCAGGAAUCAAAUACCCACACGAACCAAUGGCAGGAAUCAUGUAACCAAAUGAACUAAUGGCAGGAAUCAAAUACCCACAUGAACCAAUGGCAGGAAUCAAGUAUCCACACGAAACAAUGGCAGGAAUCAAAUACCCACACGAACCAAUGGCAGGAAUCAAAUACCCACAUGAACCAAUGGCAGGAAUCAAAUACCCACAUGAA